AUGAACAACUCCCUGAAAAGAGGAUUAUGGUCACCGGAAGAGGAUGAAAAACUCGUCAAGUACAUUUCUAUCCAUGGUCUCCAUGGUUCUUGGAGCGUUGUUCCUAAGUUUUCCGGGUUACAAAGAAGCGGCAAGAGUUGCAGAUUAAGAUGGAUUAAUUAUUUAAGACCCGGCUUAAGACAAGGAAACUUUUCUGAUGAAGAAGCGACACUCAUAAUCAAUCUACACAAUAAAUUGGGAAAUAAAUGGGCAGAAAUAGCAAAACAUUUACCAGGAAGAACAGAUAGUGCCAUUAAAAACUUCUGCAAUUCCAACAUGAAGAAGAAGAAGAAGAAGAAGCUUCUUGCUGCUAACCCAAAGAAUAAAGAGAUUCAAAACCUUAACUUUGACUUGAUGAUUGCUGGUCAAUAUCGGAAUCCAGACAAUCCGACGAUGCAAUUCCAGCCAAGUGAAAUGAAGGGUAUGGAUUUGAUGAUUCACAGUGAAAGUGAUCUUCCUCCCCUUCCACCAUCAUUAGUUCUUCAUCUUCAUCCACCCGAGAACUUUGACUUCAUUAUUGGUCAAAAUUCGGAUCAGAAUCAUCUAAUAAUGCAAUUCGAGUCAAGUGAGAUGAACGGUAUGGAUUUGAUUAUGAACCAGCCAAUGUGAAAUCAAGUAAACAUGAGUAUCCUGUUAGUAUUGUUACCAAGUAU